AUGGACACCAAGGACAUUGAGAACAUCACGAUGGCGCCAGCGCGGCCGUCGAGCGAAGCUGCUGGCGAGAUGCGGAAGCUGGCCGUGCCGACCGAGCAGGGCGACGAGUACGGCAACAACAACCACGGAAACGCGGCCCAAGGCUCGCUCAAGCGGGUCUUCAAGACGCGACACGUCCAGAUGAUCGCGCUGGGGGCCAACAUCGGCUCGGGCGUGUACGUGUCGAGCGGCGAGGCCUUGCGCAACGGGUCAGCACCCGGCAUGCUGAUUGGCUACGGCCUGAUCUGCUCCAUGGCCAUGUGCAUGCUGAGCGUCCUGAGCGAGGCCCAAUGCCUCUUCCCGACGAGCGGCUCGUUCAUCGACCACGCGAGCCGCUUCGUCGAUCCGGCUCUCGGCUUCGCCAUCGGCUUCUGCGAGUGGUUCGGCGCCCUGACCGUCGUCGCCGCCGAGGGCUCCGUCGUGCCCAUCGUCAUCUCCUACUGGACCACGUCCGUGCCGACGGCCGUCUGGUACACCAUCUACCUCGCCAUUGUCGUUGGCCAGCACCUGCUGCCAAACCGUGUCUUUGCCGAGUUCGAGUUCGGCACCGGCGCUCUCAAGGUCGCCGUCACCUUUGUCGUCCUCUUCACCAUGCUCGUCAUCUGCUGCGGCUACGGUGGUGAUGCCAUCGACCGCGGCUACAACUACACCGGCCUCUCGGCCUUUCCCCAUGGCUUCAAGGGUGUCGCCUCCGUCUUUUUGCUCGCCUCCUGGGCCACCGGUGGCCAGGAAAUCAUCGGCAUCUCCUCCGGCGAGUCCGCCUUCCCGCGCUGGGAGCUGCCCCGCGCCUCCAAGAACCUCGUCAUCCGUAUCGUCCUCAUCUACAUGUCUGCCUGCGUCUAUAUCACCGUGCUCGUGCCCUACACCGACCCGUCCCUGCUCGACACUAGCAACGAGAUCGCCAAGUCGCCCUUUAUCAUCGUGCUCGACCGCGUCCGCAUCCGCGUCCUGCCCGACAUUGUCAAUGCUGUCCUCCUCGUCGGCCUUGCCGGCAUCGGAUCUGAGUCCAUGUUCACAGCCUCCCGCAUCCAGACCGCCAUGGCUCGCAUGGGCAUGUUCCCUGCCAUCUUCGGCCGUGUCGACCGCUACGGCCGCCCCAUCUACUCCACCGUCUGCUGCGCUGUCGUCAGCAUCGUCAUGACCUACAUUAACCUUUCGACCGGCGGUGCUACUGCCUUCACCUGGUUCAGCUCCGUCUCGGCCACCACCACUUUCUUCGCCUGGUUGACCAUCCCGCUAACCAACUGGUGCAUGCACCGUGCCCUCGCCGCCCAGGGCGAUCCCGCCCUCCAGAUGCAGCACGCCUUUAAGCUGAGCUGGUGGCCCCUUGCCCCCCUCUAUCUCGCCAUCACUACCGCCUUCACUCUCGCCUGCACCAUCUACGUGUCUGCCAGCCCCAUCCGCGACAGCCCUAGCGCCACCAUCUUCUUCGAGAAUAUGCUGUGCAUGCCCCUGUUCAUCACUGCGUACGUCGGCUACAAGAUCUACUUCCGCACCAGCGUCCAGGACCCCAAGACCGCCGACCUGCACAGCGGCCGUCGCCUGAUGACGGAGGAAGAGCUGCAGAUGCUGGACAACUACUAUGCCCAGCCCAUGUAUAAGCGAUUGUUAAGCUAUGUGAAUUUCUAA